GAAUAAUUUGGAAAGUAUAAGUUUAUUGUUGAUUAAAAUUGAGCUUGAUGAAAAUUUUAACGAGUCUAUUGAAUAUAGUACCUGUAAAUUUAUAAAUAUAUUUAAAUAUUGUUGUUGAAAGCUACCAAGGAAUUUAUGUGUUGUAAAUUAACAACAAAUCCAGUUUGAAUUAUAUAGAAAUUAUUUAACUAUUUACCCACAAGUCGAGCCAAUUAAAAAAAUAAUCGUCGAAUGAACGAAAUAAAUAAUUGAAGUUAAACAAUUGCGCCAAUUCUAAAGAGAAAACAAAGUGAAUUAAACUAUUUAUAAGUUUUUCAAGUGUCUACUUCAGGUGUCCUUCAAUGUUGAUUAAUUUUUUUUUAAACAAUCGACUCAUUUCACUGAAAAAGACGAUCUCAAUUUUAUGUACUGUCUUCCACGUUCGGGAGACGGGUAAAGUCAAAAAAGAAAAUAUAUUCGGAGAUAUUUAAAUGAAAUCUACACUUUUAUAAAUAUAUUGACACUGGAAUACCAGAGGAAAUAAAUAAACAAUAAUGAGACUGACAGAGGUCGUCUGAUUGUUACAUUGGAUAUAGUUUUAAAUAAAUAGAAUCGUCAGGAUGAAUCUAGAAGUGGAAUUGAUAGCUGGAGUAAUCAAAGGUGGACCACCACCUCCACACUUGCCAGCCCCUCGAUUGAUUAAAAUAUUUAUCGCUGGUGAACGCGAUGAAUUCUUCGAGGAACGGAAACAGCUCCUGGAGAUGGUGGGGCCCGAGCUGCAGACGACCUACGACGACAUGGGGAUCGAGGUACUUCUGGUGGACAUGCAGUAUGGCACAAGCAGAAAUCCCGAUGCUGAUCCCCACCUAGCUGAUUUAUUCCUUGAGGAAAUUAACGCGUCUCAUCUUCACUCCAGGGGCUGUUUUUUCAUCCUUCUAGCUGGGGCGGAAUACAGCACCGGGUGGACCCCAAGAAAAUUCGAACAAUCAGUUUUCGAUACCCUUGUUAAACAUUGCAAUCAAUUGAACGAGUAUUACACUCAUGAGGGCUGUUAUUACCUUCUCAAGGCCACGAGCGAAGAGACAUCCCAGGACGACUGGCAAACAACAAUCGGAGUAAAAUUGAGAAUUUUACUGAAUGAUGCUGCCACUUCAGCCCUAAAAGAUAACGCAGAUAAUCCCGAGAUCAUGAAAGUAUUAAAAAGCACUUCUGAACGACAGCUGGACUGCGCCCUAGAUCUCGACGCCGACGGCAAGGGAAUCGUCUCGAUAAUUCGCAAAUGGCGAGGGACCUCCCCCGAAAAUGCAGUCAAAUUACCAGUAGAAUGUGAGAGACUUGUGGCCAAAUUGAAAAGCUCAUUGCCACGAAAUAAUAUAAUUGAACUAGAGGCUGAUUACGACAUCGAUGGCAUCAACCCAAAUUCCAAUUCAAAUCACGAUGCAUAUCUGUCAAAACUUCGAAGCGAGACCCUAGAUAUCAUUCAACAACUGGUGAAUGCAUCUGUUGAGGCAAAUCCAGAGAUAAAGAGUAGAAAAAAAAUGGUGCAAGAGGUGUACGCUGAGAGUCUAGCUCACCUAUCUCUUCUACGAGAUAUUAAUCCCCUGGAGGAGAGCAAUGACACUGUACAACGAGUUAAGGAACUUAUGAUUACUGGUAAAGAUAUUAAACAUGGACCUAUAAUGAUACGAGGGGGUAAAUCGUCCGGUAAAUCGAGUGCUGUCAGAAGAAUCUACGAUAGCUGUGACACGUGGUUGAAGCAAUCGACAAUGAAAAUUGUACGUCUCUGUACGUCAACACCACGAUCGGCCUACAGUCUUGAAUUACUGAGAGUUAUCUGUCAGCAGAUUGGUUUUUUAACCGGCAACAACGAUGGCAAUUUGCCACGCGAGGCCUCAUUCAAUCCACUCUACCUCAAUAAUUGGUUAACGCAGAUCUUACGACAAAUCGAGCAAGGGAUUCACGAUAAUAAUGGAGAACAAUUGAUUAUUCUUAUCGAUGAUAUCCACAGAUUGCAUCCACUCGAGGGUGACAUUGUUGCUGCUUUAUCGUGGCUUCCACUUCAAUUGCCACCUGGUAUUCAUUUUAUCGUGACAACCAGUGCAUCACCAGAAUUUUUGAAGCUCACGCCAUUGCAGAAGGAGAGAUUCAAGUCACCGGAGAUACUUGUUGAUGUGGCUGAUGCAACGAGUGAUAUCAUUGCACCGAGGAUUGAUUCUGAUAUUCAGAAGUCAUUCGAUUGCUUGGACAAAUUAAUCGGUAAGAAAGCAGCUAGUCGUAUCGGUGCGCUACUAGCGUGCACCGAGUAUGGAUUAUCAGAGACUGAGAUACUUGAAUUUAUAAUGCCAACUGGUGGUGAUGGUCCACUGAUGCUAUCAUCUGGGCAAUUUAACUUUUCCACAUGGUGUCUCGUCAGACGAAAUCUAUCGGACUGCCUGAGGGUACGUGUCAUGAGUGGAAGAUUGUUAUUCUCAUGGCGGUGUUUGUCCCGUGAGGUUGCGAGAAAAAAGUACCUCUCCACCCUUCAAUUGUCGCGAGCAUAUUACGCUGAACUGGCGACAACAAUAUUCUUCAACGAACCAGAAGAGGAGGAUACAGAUCCCAAUGAUCAGGACACCACUGGCAAAAAGAAGAGAGAUUAUGGUAAUGAUGAUUACGAUGAUGAUGAUGUGAAUGAGAAUGAUAACGACGAUGAUGAUAAAUUGAAAGAGACACCUUUUCAGAGUACACCUCAGAUAUCCGAUAUCACUUACAGUUUACGACACAUCGAAGAGGCAUGGCUGCACUUGCUGAGGGCCGGUGAUGUUGAAAAGCUUAAGAGACUUGCUGUUUGUGCGUUUGAUUUUCUGCUUGCAGCUGUUCAAAUGAUAUCAGUCAGCUAUCUACGAUGUGUACUUGAGCACGCAAGACGUUAUCUACUCGAGAGAGAUCUCGAAUUGGUGUACUACACGAUAAGAAAUUCGAGUGAUGCACUUACUAGAGAUCCUCUUCAGCUCGGUGGUCAAUUGAUAAGUUGGUUGAGGCCAGUUGUUGAAGACGGUGGUGAUUUGGUCAGUCGAAUGAUAACAGCAGCAAUGGCCUGGUGUGAUGGAUGUGCAGCACCUUUAUUAGUUCCUCUCAAUGGCUGGCUGCAAUCACCAUUGCCCCUGCAAAUACGUGCCCUUGUUUGUCCGCAGGGUGUCAAGCUGAUAGAAGCAGCUCCAUCAGGUCAGCACAUUAUCGUCGUACCCAGUGAUGGUGAUGUCCAGCUGUGGCACGUUAUGUCAGGACAAUUGGUACAUACUUUCAAGGGCCACUCUAAUCCUGUAUCAUGUUUAGCGGUGACACAUCAGUCGCAGUAUCUUCUCACCGGCUCCGAGGACACCACGAUAAUCGUUUGGGACUUGAAGGAAUUGAGCAUGAAACGUCGGAUUUGCGAACACAUUGCGUCUGUAUUGGCACUGACACCGGCGCUCAAUAAUUCAGUCAUCGUGAGUGGUGGUGAGGAUUCACGGAUUAUAGCAACAAGUCUUCUAUCCGGUCAAGUUCUUAUGAAAGUCGAUCACCAUCGUGGACCGGUGACAGCGGUUCGUGUCGAUGCAGCUGGUGAAGUUCUCGUUUCAGGAUCGACUGAUGGCACCGUAUGCCUCUGGUCACUCGAGAGUUUCAAACUUUUGAACAGUAUUAAUUUACCAUCACCGGUGUCAAUGCUUGAUGUAUCUGGUGAUUCCGUGUUUCUUCUCGCUGUGUGUGAGGAUGAAAAACUUUACGUACGCUCACUGGCUACUGGCACUGCACUUCAUACACUCAGAGGACAUCAGGGACCGGUCAAAAGCGUUUGUCUAGCCAGGGACUGCAGGCGAGCGGUUGCUGGUGGUGUUGAUGGACGUGUAUCACUGUUUGAUAUACACAGCGGUAAAUUGAUAAAGGCAUUGUCAACGAAUUCAUCGGCGGACGUCACGUCCGUUCGUGUCACCGAAAAGGACGACUUUCUCAUAACGGCGUGUGGCAAUCGUGUUAUUUACUGGAGCUUCAGGGGUGAGGAAGCGAUAAAGAAGAGGCGAAGGAAGAAAACACUGAAGUACAGAGAGAGGGACAGUGAUAAGAAGGUUGGAAUAAUGAAGGAGGGGUGCUGCAGGGGCAAACAGGAGACACCACUGCAAUUCCAUACUGCACCUUUGACAUGCAUCGAUAUAUCACGGGAUGGAGCGAUGGCAGUCACUGGUGGUGUUGAUUCUCUUGUCAAUCUUUGGCAGUUGAACAGUCAUCAGCUGAUGCUGACACUUGAAGGACACAUUGCAAGUAUCAGUUGCGUUGCAUUCUCGGCGUCUGGGCUGUUCGCUGCUUCAGGCUCGGAGGACAAAACCGUGAGGGUCUGGGGUUUGACACUUGGUCUUGUCGUUACGACGUUUAAACAUCAAGCGCCUGUCACAUCGGUCAUUGCUAUGCUCGAUGGCCAGAGAGUUGUCAGCUCCGAUCGAAGUGGUGCUAUUCGUGUUUGGGCUGCUGACACUGGAAUACUCAUUCAAUCAGUCUGCGGACCUGGAAGAUGUAUCGCUGUUACGCCUGAUAUGAGGUACACUAUUUGUGGAUCCGGUGAUAAUCAAGUUAGGAUAAUGAGUUUGGGGGCUGGACCUGAGGAGAAACAUCAAGUAUCUCAUGGACAGGAUAUAACUUGUCUCGUUGUAACGCCGGACUCAAAGUCCCUUAUAACAGGAUCACGUGAUAUGAGUUUAAAAGUUUGGCAAUUAGCUGGGGGUAAAUUGUCACAAGUUCUCGUUGGACACACUGAUCAUGUUACCUGUGUUGCUGUGUCAGUUCAGACUACCAAUGAGAGCAUCGUCGUAUCUGGAUCGCGUGACACUAAUCUCAUUGUCUGGGACAUCAACACAGGAGCUGAUCUUCACACAUUGACUGGACAUCUUGGAUACGUCACCUGCGUGAGACUAUCUGGUGAUGGCACACUGGCUAUCUCUGGAAGUGAGGAUAAAAAUAUUUUUGUAUGGGAUACGAAGAAAGGAAUUGCACUCGGUUCAAUAAUGCUACAUGUGCCGAUCGUUGGCGUUGAAAUCUCAACGGAUUGCUCUAGACUUGCCCUUCAUCUCGUGGAGCAAUCAACAAUGCCGAUUCUAUGCCUCCACAACACACCAGCUCAAUACGUCAAGCUGCCGUCGUACGUUGCACCGAGGGAAUUGCGACCGAUGGGUCCCAAAAGACCUGCACGCCGAUUGCUGAAGAAGGAGGUAUCACUCGAUACUUACACCUGGCAGAGAAAAUAUGGCCAUUUAACUUCUGGAAUUAUGGUGGCAGCUGUUGAGGAUCGGUUGAAGCGACGAUUCAGUGUCAGCGCUUCGAUGGAAGAAAUUAGUAAAGCGGGUCUUGCCGAUUCACAAACAAGUCUGGCACGCUCUCAGCAAGCAGCUCUGGCCCAAUCUCAACACUUUGAUCAGCUUGAGGCUUUGUGGAAUAAACAGUCACCACCACCGAGACCUAGGGGUGCCCUAUCGAAGACCUUGUCCAAGCAGAGCUCACUGCAGGCUACGAGAAUAUCCGAUUCUGAUGAGGACCAAGAUACUCCAGCGGAUUAAGUAGUCACGUAGACCCCAGUAUUGGCUGCAAUUAAUUAAUCAACAGAGUUUCCCUCAUUGAGGCGUAUGGCCGUCUUCAAUUACAAGUGUCAAGUCUACAGUCUUCUCUAUAAUAUGUAACUUCCAACUAAAUUGCA